CAGCCCAAAACACAGCGACCAAGGAGAGAUGGGCGCUGUAGUGAACGUAUGAGACUAUGCCAUGAACCCAUUUGAAGGAUCUGUUUCCUCGCGGCUCGAGGAGACAGAGGUGACGGACAGUCUGUGCCGGUGGGUCCGCUUUUCCUCUUGGCUGGAGUGUGUCUGUGUGGUUACCUUCGACCUGGAGCUCGGACAAGCAUUAGAGCUGGUCUAUCCUCAAGAUGUAAAACUUACAGAAAAAGAAAAAACCAACAUUUGCUACCUGUCCUUUCCUGACUCAUAUUCAGGAUGCCUUGGAGAUACUCAGUUCAGUUUCAGGAUGCGUCAGUCUGUUGGGCGACGAAGUUCAAGGGAUGGAGACAUUUACAAUCGAGAUGCCCCUUUAACUUUGCAGAAAGAAGUUUCCCAUUUUUUUGGCUACGUUUAUUUCAGACAGGUGAAGGAUGUCUCUGUGAAACGAGGCUAUUUUCAGAAGUCUUUGGUGCUUCUCAGCAGGCUUCCCUACACGGCCCUGUUUCACUCAUUGCUGCAGAUUAUUGCCCCAGAGUACUUUGAGAAGUUAGAGCCUUGUCUUGAAACAGUUUGUAAUGAGAUUGACCAGUGGCCCAAACCGGUACCAGGAAUGACUCUCAACUUGCCUGUGAUGGGUGUAAUCUUACAGAUAAGAAUUCCUUCUAAAUCUGACAAACCAGGGGGAAGUCCUAUCCGAAACACGGCCAAAGAGAACCUAUUACCAGCUCCAACAGUGUUGCCAACGAUCCACGAACUUGACCUCUUCAAAUGUUUCCAGUCAAUGCUGAUUCACCUGCAGAUGCUCUGGGAACUUGUUCUGCUGGGGGAACCACUGAUUGUCAUUGCCCCCUCUCCUAUAGUGUCUUCUGAAACAGUAUUAGCACUUGUGAGCUCUAUCUGUCCCUUAAAAUUCUACUGUGAUUUUCGUCCAUACUUCACCAUUCAUGACAGUGAGUUCAGAGAAUACACUACUCGCACCCAGGCUCCCCCUAAUGUGGUUCUCGGUGUCACAAAUCCAUUUUUCAUAAAGACCUUCCAGAGCUGGCCCCAUAUCGUAAGACUCGGUGAACUCAAGAUGGCAGGU